AUGAUCAUCAAGACACACGAUCGCGCGGUGACAGCGACGACGAUAGACCCAUCAGGCGCAAGAUUGAUUACAGGCUCAAUGGACUGUACCAUCAAAUUUCACGAUUUUGCUUCCAUGACACCUACAACGAUCCGCGCGUUCAAAUCCGUUGAUCCCAAUGCCUCGAAAAGCUCCGCGACUGUGGAGAAUCAUCCUGUCAGCCAAGUCAUUUUCAAUCCUCUAUAUGCAGGCCAUAUCUUGGUCGCGACAGCUCUUCCCCAAGCAAAGAUUUUGACCAGAGAUGGAGAGGCUGUUUGCGAGUUUGUCAAGGGCGAUAUGUAUCUGCGAGAUAUGCAUAAUACGAAAGGACACAUCAGUGAGGUCACGACGGGAUGCUGGCAUCCUACAGACAGAAACUUGUGUGUCACAGCAGGAACGGACAGCACGCUUCGCAUAUGGGAUAUCAAUAACCCUCGUCAACAGAAGGAAGUCAUUGUGCACAAGUCGCGCGCAGCGGGAUCAGCAGGGCGGACCAGAAUGACAGCAGUGGCCUGGGGCUCGCCUAUGCAAGGUGGUAACAACCUGCUGGUAGGUGCUGCUCUCGAUGGCAGUUUGGUCAUGUGGAGUGGCGAGGGACCUUAUGCACGGCCAGCGGCAGAGAUUCGAGACGCACACACUACCAACACGUGGACGAGCGGCCUCGAUAUUGAUUCUGCAGGCCGCAUGGUCGUGACAAGAGGAGGCGACGAUACGGUCAAGCUGUGGGAUACACGAAAAUUCAAGCAGCCUGUCGCCACCAUCUCACAUACUUCGACAUCAGCACAAUAUCCGACGAGCAACAUCCGCUUCUCUCCCACCUCGACCAGUAUUCUCACGGGCUCGCAAGAAGGCAAUCUUCACAUCUUCAACCCAGGCACCCUCAAAUCCGAAUUAGUCACGCCUGUCACGCCCAACUCACCCCUCAUUUCCGUCCUCUGGCACCCCAAGCUCAACCAAAUAGUCACGGGUUCCGCCAACGCGGAAACGCAUAUCCUGUACAACCCCAACACAUCCUCCUCCGGCGCCAAAACCGUCAUGUCCCGCGCCCCCAAGCGCCGCCACAUCGACGACGACCCCAACUUCACCACCGACCUUUCCAACGGCAUCUCCGGCGACGCCAUCAUCACACCCGGCGGUGCCGUUCCCAGCACAUCAUCCUACUCUUCCCGCCACCCGACCGUCGGCCUCACCGCGAGUGGACGCUCUCGCGAUCCCCGCCGACCGCAUAUUCCCCAGACAACGCCAUUUGCCAAGGGAAACCCCGACGAAGACUAUGUCAAAUCGCAAAUUCCGUUGAGUUCGUUGCGAGAUGAGGAUCCUCGAGAGGCGUUGUUGAAGUAUGCGGACAAGGCGAAGAAUGAUACCAUGUUUACGAAUGCGUGGAAGACGACGCAGCCCGAGACGAUUUAUCGAGAGUUGAGUGAUGAUGAGGAUGGGGAAGAGGGGCCAGAGAAGAAGAGGGUGAAGCAGUAA